AAGGCUCACCACUCCUUUCAGGGAGUUCCCUGAACUUUUCCUGGAGGCGGCUGGGGAGAGGGAAGCUGGGAGCUCCCCAGCUGGGUGCAGAACCUGGGAUACGGGGUGAAGGUGGCUGGAAUCCCCUGGCCACGUGCUCCUGGCCGGACCACUGCAAGUUUCCAUACUUCAGUCCUGCUGCCGGACAUGCUGGGCCUAUGGGGGUGGCCUACCCAUCAGAGCAUAUGUAACUGUCUCCCUGUAUUUGGGCUCCCCACCCCAAGCAUGGGUGAGCCAACGACUUCCUGCCCGUCUAUAUUUGCCUGCCUUGAUUCUGUGUGUGUAACUGAAGCUCUCUGGGAUGUCAGCGUCCCUGCUUUGUGCAAAAGAGAUCCAUUCCCCUCCCCAUGCCUUGGUUUUCUCAUCCGGACUUGCGUGGGGACUGUUUGUGCGUGGAUGUUUGUGUGGGAGCAUGGAAACCUUUGCGCCUGCUUGGAUACGAAGCAUUUCUUUUGAGCCUCACUUUUCUCAUCUGUAAAUGAGGACUAAAGGAAGUGGGGAUUAAUAAGAGCACAGAGGCAGCCUUGGGGCGCGCGGCCCAUGGAGUCGGGGCUGCUGCGGCCGGCGCCGGUGAGCGAGGUCAUCGUCCUGCAUUACAACUACACCGGCAAGCUCCGCGGUGCGCGCUACCAGCCUGGUGCGGGCCUGCGCGCCGACGCCGUGGUGUGCCUGGCGGUGUGCGCCUUCAUCGUGCUAGAGAAUCUGGCCGUGCUGUUGGUGCUCGGACGCCACCCGCGCUUCCACGCGCCCAUGUUCCUGCUCCUGGGCAGCCUCACGUUGUCCGAUCUGCUGGCAGGCGCCGCCUACGCCGCCAACAUCCUACUGUCGGGGCCGCUCACGCUGCGACUGUCGCCAGCGCUCUGGUUCGCACGGGAGGGAGGCGUCUUCGUGGCACUCACCGCGUCGGUGCUGAGCCUCCUGGCCAUCGCGCUGGAGCGCAGCCUCACCAUGGCGCGCAGAGGGCCCGCGCCCGUCUCCAGUCGGGGGCGCACGAUGGCGAUGGCGGCCGCGGCCUGGGGCGUGUCGCUGCUCCUCGGGCUCCUGCCAGCGCUGGGCUGGAACUGCCUGGGUCGCCUGGACGCCUGCUCCACUGUCCUGCCGCUCUACGCCAAGGCCUACGUGCUUUUCUGCGUGCUCGCCUUCGUGGGCAUCCUAGCCGCCAUCUGUGCGCUCUACGCGCGCAUCUACUGCCAGGUGCGCGCCAACGCGCGGCGCCUGCCGACGCGGCCCAGGACUACAGGGACCACCUCGACCCGGGCGCGUCGCAAGCCGCGCUCGCUGGCCUUGCUGCGCACGCUCAGCGUGGUGCUCCUGGCCUUUGUGGCAUGUUGGGGCCCGCUCUUCCUGCUGCUGUUGCUUGACGUGGCGUGCCCGGCGCGCGCCUGUCCUGUACUCCUGCAGGCUGAUCCCUUCCUGGGACUGGCCAUGGCCAACUCACUUCUGAACCCCAUCAUCUACACGCUCACCAACCGCGACCUGCGCUACGUGAUCCUGCGCCUCCUCUGCUGCGGCCGCCACUCCUGCGGCAGAGGCCUGGGUGGCUCCCAGAAGUCGGGAAGCGCGGCUGAGGCUUCCGGGGGCCUGCGCGGCUGCCUGCCCCCGGGCCUGGAUGGGAGCUUCAGCCGCUCGGAGCGCUCGUCGCCCCAGCACGACGGGCGGGACACCAGCGGCAUCACAGGCAGCCCUGAUGCACCAACAGCCGCCCGGACUCUGGUACCAGAACCGGCUGCAGACUGACACCCUCGGCCCACGACUGUUCUCCCGAGUUUUACACACUUGUUCUUUUUACAUAAAGGAAUUUGUAGGAAAUGCAGCUGAAGGUGCAGUCAGAAAAGAUGCAGGGAAAUGUAUUUAUGGAGCGACACCCCACAACAGUGAACAAACAGAAAAAAAUCUGUGUCCUCGUGGAAUUGACGUUCUGCUUGGGAUCACAGAAAAGAACUCGGUGAUGAAAUAAUGGAGAUGAUUCCAGUGACACACGACAGAGAUGGCAAUGGUGGUCAGGGAAGGCCUCUCUGCAGAGGUAGUGACUUGUGAUGUGAGCUGAGGCUUCUGUCCUGGGAAGACCAAAAGAAAAAGCAUUUCAGGAUGAGGGAAUGAGGCUGAAAUGUGCCCAUGUGUUCUAAGAAAUGCAGGGAUGCCCGUAUGCCUGGAGCAGGGAUGGAAGGGGAGAAUGGGAAGAGACAAGGAGCUGAAGGAGUAGUUCCCGAAGGACCUUGUGGGUGACAUGGAGGACUUCGCUUUUGCUCUGAGUGAGGUGGGAGCCAUAGAAGGUUCUAAGCUGAGGAGGGACUUGCCCUGAUUCAGAUGAUCACAGGCGUCUUGUGGCCUCCAUCGGAGGGUGAAAGCCAGAGAAGGUGAAGGGGGGCUGCACUGAGCCACAGGAACAAUGAUGGAGAUUCCAGUUAAGCCCAGACCGGGUGGAUUCUAGAUAGAUUUUGGAGGCAGCAGACAGAAUUACUGAGGAAUUGAGUGUAAGAGUAGAAUAAAGUCGUCAAGGACAACGCCAAGGGCGGGGCAUCCCCACAUUUGACUCUGGGAGACUCAGCCAAAUCCUAUCUGACAAUAAAAUUUCUUUUUUAUUUUUC